AUGCCGCCCACACUUUGGAGCCUCUUGACACAAUGCUAUCCCCCAGCUCCCCAAUUCACCGAUAAGGAUGUGCCCGACUUGGCUGGUAAAGUCUAUAUUGUUACUGGCGCAACAUCAGGAGUUGGUAAAGAGCUGGCUCGCAUUCUGUAUGCGAAGAACGCCAAGGUUUACAUUGCUACGCGAGAAGAGAAGGACAUCAUCAGCAAAAUCGAGCAACUUGAGCCAAGCUCAAAUGGCAGCUUAGAAUUCCUCAAACUAGAUCUGGCCGAUUUGCGGUCAGUCAAGGCAGCAGCAGAGUCCUUUAUUGCGGCUGAGACUCAGCUGAAUGUGCUAUUCAAUAAUGCUGGUAUCAUGACAAAUGAUGGCAAGAAUGGGGUAGUCAAUCAGUCAGCACAAGGCUACGAGGAGCAGCUGGCAGUGAAUGCCUUGGGCCCAUUUCUCUUCACUAAGCUGCUCAACCCUCUGCUCCAAGCUACAGCCGCGAAAAAGAGCACAUGGACAAACGAGGUCCGUGUUGUCUUUAUUUCUUCUUUUGGUGCAGAAAUGUACCACGAAAGGCGGGUAGGCAUCGAUAUGGAGAAUCUCGACUACCAUCAUCCCAAGGCUCCUAUGGAGCGCUAUGCUAUUAGCAAGGUAGGCGUAUGGACAUACGGUGUUGAGUUUUCGAGGCGCUUCAAGGCCGAAAGGGUUAUUGGAGUUCCUGUCAACCCCGGAAACCUGCGAUCUGAUCUUUUCUCGCAACAAGGCAUCCUACUAAGACUUCAAAUGGCUCUUAUGCACUACCCUCCAGUCAAGGGCGCCUACACGGAGCUGUAUGCAGCCUUCUCGCCUGAUAUUACACAAGAAAAUGCCGGCACCUAUGUCUUCCCCUUCGGUCGGAUGGGUGAGAUCUGCAAGGAGCUCCAGGAUGCAGCUGAGCCGAAUGGUGGAGUGGACCUGGCGCGUAAGUUCUGGGAGUGGAGUGAGAAGCAGGUUGAGAAGUAUGCCUGA